CUUAGCUCCACAGAUUCCACACGGCCUGCGCCAUGGCGUUGGCGCAGUUGCCGCAGCUUAAGCCGCCGCGGCCGGUGUUUUUCGCGCACCCGCGGCCGGCGCCGGUAGCGAGAGGACUCAGGUCCGCCCUACAGGAUGGUUGGCAGGUGAUUCCUGGUACCGCUUUGGCCGCCGCUGCGGCCAGCCUGGCGGCACGAAGGAAACGAUGGACUCCACAGCGGGCCAUCAUGUGGCACGACGACCUGGACGCCUUAGCACCAGUGACCAAGAAGGUGUACAUGGACAUUGCCGGCGGUGACUUUCAAGGCCGUAUCGUGCUGGGUCUUUAUGCCGAUCUGGUCCCCAAGACCUGUGAAAACUUCCGCGCCCUUUGCAGCGGUGAAAAAGACUUUUCAUACAAGGGAAGUUGCUUCCACCGUAUCUUUUUCGACUUCAUGGUACAAGGUGGUCGACUGGAAGGGAACAAUGAGAGUAUUUAUGGUGGUCGUUUUGAAGAUGAGGAAUCAGGAUUGACUUUGUACCACGAACGUCCUGGUCUACUGGGAAUGGCCAAUGAUGGGGACUCCAACGGAUCCCAGUUCUACAUCACCACGGCAAAGACUGAGUGGUUGGAUGGGGAACACGUGAUCUUCGGUGAGGUAUUGGAUGGGAAAGAUGUGAUCCUGAGCAUGGAGAAAUGCGCCACUGAAUCAGGCGAUCCUUCCCAAGAGAUUUGUAUCAUUGAUUGUGGGGAACUGUGACGUACCUGCAGGGUAGCAGGCGCCGAUGCUGCCAACGCUGUUCCAAAAGGGGGGCGGAUGGGCAGUGCGCGAAUGGAUAUGUAAAAACAAA